AUGGCAACCAAAAUUUUAAACCUUUUUACUAACAAAUCCUCUUCUUCUCCAAACAAAAACAAUUCUUCAAAUAAUACACCUACUAAAACCAACAACAAUUCAAAUACACCUUCUUCUCCUUCAUCUCCAAUUCCAUCUGAAAAUACAACAACUAUUAUCGAAUCAAAUCCUCCAAACUCUGAAACUAUAACUAUUGUUGAAAACAUUGAUGUUGUUGAACCACAACCUCCACCUCCUCUUGCUACACCUAAAACAGGAAUAAGAAAACCAGGAGGAUUAAAUUUUAUGGUUGAUGAAUUAAAAGGAAAGUUAUCAAAUAGAAAAACAACAUCAUUCUCACCAAAAGAAGUAGAGACUGCAUUAUCAUCACCAUCGGGAACACAAGAAGAGCCAAUUAAAUCCACAUCCUUGUCAUCUUCAUCAUCAUCUUCGGUUCCACCUCCACAACCAUCAUCAUUUGUAACUGCAAAGAUAUCAAGCAAACCAGCACCAGCUGCUAGAAAUCCACUAAAUCGUAGUCAAUCGCAAUCAACUUCACAAGAUACUCCAUUAUCAUAUAAUCCAUUCCAACCUUUACAACCUAAACAAACUCCACCUCCUCCAACUCCAGUUGAAAGACAACAACAACAACAAGCUCAGCAACAACAACAACAACAACCACCUCAACCACAACCACCUCAACAACAAUCGCAACCUCAACCACCAUCACAAACAUCAUCUUUAAAUUCAUCUUCAAAUUCAAUUCAAAAAGAAAUGUCACCAAAUCCAAAAGGAAAAGAUCAAAAUGCCAGUGGUGAGGGUGCAGGAAGUAGAAUUACAUCAUUGUUUAAGAAACCACUCAAAAAGAUUACUGCCAUUACAGGAUUGACUCAAGGAUCAGAUAGUCACGACAAACAUGCUGGCAAGCCAAGAGCACAAGUACUCUAUGACUUUGAUACCGAUCAACAAGGAGAGUUGGCACUAAAGACUGGUGAAAUCAUUGUCAUCAACCAAAAAGAUCCAUCUGGAUGGUGGCAAGGAACCAAUCCAAAUACUGGAGCACAAGGUUGGUUUUCAAAUACUUUUGUUGAGGAAUUACCUCAAUCAUCUACCUCUUCUACAAUGUCUCCAUCAAAGGAAUCAUCAAAAGACAACAAAUCAUCAUCUAAACCAUCAGCUCCACCUCCAUCGUCAUCAUCAGGACCACAAUAUGGAACUGUAGAAUUAAAGUUACAAGCAAUUAAACCAGAAACUCCAAAACUUGAACACAAGAGAAAACCUGGUGCUGCUCGUGGUAGAAAGUUGCCAUCACGUGCUCGUGCUUCUUAUUUGUUGGAUCCAAACGAACGUGCUGAAAGAGACAAGUUGCGUGCUGGUUUCUACUCUGUAUCUCCUCUUAGAAAGGAAGAUUUCCCAGAUGAAGAUGAUGACUCUUAUGAAGAUAGCAGCAGCAAUGGUGGAAGCAGUUUGAAUACAAGUGUUGGCAAUAGCUCACCUACAUUGACAGGAUCUCGUUCAUUUAUUACUUCUAGUGCAGGUAAUACAAUCGAACAAGAAGAGGAAGUGGCAGUUGUAUCUUCUACUCCCACACCAACUAGUCCUCCAAUAGCAGCAGCAGAUAAACCCAAACCACCUCCACCAAAACGUAAUAUUGCACCACUUCAACUCUCUUCCGACAAUGUACCACCAGAAACCCAAACCACCGAAUCAACUGAAAAUAGCAACAACACAUCAACUACUAGCCCCUUGUCAUCAUCAUCGGGUACCAUUUCACCUCCACCUCCACAACCUGCAAAGGUCAUGAAACUCAAACCAAAACCUUCUGCACCACCAAGAAACCCAGAGAUGAAAUUAUCAUCCGAUACCACUGUAACAUCACCAACACCAUCAUCACCUCCUCCACCUCUUGCCAAUGUAGAAGAAGAAAAGGAAAAGGAAAAAGAAAAAGAAAAGGAAGUUGUAGCCGAAAAGACAUCAUCAUCGGUAGCUGCUCCACCACCACAAAAUCAACCAAAACCACCUGCUCCAGGUAUGGUUAAAUUAAAACCAAUGGUAAAGGUGGCUGCCAAACCACCUCCAGCUGCUGCAGGAUCUCAACCACCAACACCAGGAGAACCAUCAGAUGCACCAAAAAAGAUACUAGUUCCAUUAAAGAGAACUACUACAUUUGAUGGAGAUAGUAUGACACCAAAGAAUGAAGAUAAACCAUCUGAACCAAUCAAACCACUUUUGAAGCCAGUUGUCAAGCCAAGAGUGGAAGGUGACUCUGGUGGCUCGACUGUUGCAGCUGCACCAGCUCAAGCUGCAUCUGCACCUCCACCAAUGAAACCAAAGGUUGCACCAAGAAAGGAACCUUCUUCUCCUCCAACUACCUCUGCUGGUGCAUCUGCCUCUGCUCCAGCACCACAACACAAUAGAGUACCAUCUUCCUCUUCUUCCAAUCCCACAACGCCAGUUACCUCCUCGCCACCCGCUGCAUCACCAGUGUCUUCGUCACCACCACAAAACAGUGCUUCUGGUCCACCACCACCCGCUCUUAAAAAGAUCUCUCCAACCGUACCAAGAAGAGCUCUCACAACCUCUUCUGAAGAGCAAGCCUCUGGAACACCUGCAGACAAGGCACCAACAGGAGGAGAAAAAGAAUCAAAAGAAUCAUUAUACAAUAGAAUUACAUCGAUUCUACCAGACAUUUGCAAACAAGUUGAAUCAAUGUCUACACCACUAUCAACCUUUCAACACCAACUUCCUCCACUUUCUCAAAGCUUUUUUAGUGCUCGAGCCUAUUCUGUUCUAGGGUCUGACAAGGACUUUUCCUAUGGAUCUCAAGAGAGACCAAGAAUUCCAUUGUUCCAAUCGGUUUGGCCAUUUAUAUUUACAUUGUUGUGCGAGGAUUUGGGAAGUGAUGAAAUUGACAAGUCGAUUGGUAGCAAUCUCCCAGAGAAUGACACUAUCCCAUACAAUGAAAACAAAAAGGCACACAAUCCAUUCUGUACUGGUGGUGCCUUGGUAGAAUCGAAUCUCUACUCUUCUAAAUACCCAUCACCAGCCUAUAGAAUCUCACAGGUGCUUUCAACCAUUGAUAAAAUCAUCAAAGGUGGAGUAUCUUGUGAUAUGGGUUCAUAUCUCUCUCAAAAGAAUGAAACUUCUGAUGAAGUUGCCACUGCUCAUCUAUUAAAGAGUGUUGGUCUUUUGAAAUCACCCGAAGAUAUCUUGGACUUUUACUAUCAAUUAAAUUCGAUUCAUUUAGAUGUCUCUCAAAUCUCUCAAUUAACAACUACUCUUGCAUCACUUGGUAUUAGUCCAAUUAAUCAAUCAAAAUUUGCAAAUCAAUCAAAUGUUAAGAAAUGUUUAGAAGUAUUAAAGAAUUGUGAUACGAUUAUGAAUGAAUUGGAUGGAAAUCAAUGUAAUAAUGGAGUGGAAAUGAUAACACUUGGUAGCAAGAGUGGAGUUUUAAUGGUUAUCAUUCCUCAAGUCAUGGGUAUUACUUUAUGUACUCAUGGAAACAAUGACCGAAACGAAAAACAUAUACAAUUUUGUAAACUUUUAAAACAACAAAUCAAUUCACUCUAA